AUGAUAUUGCUGAAAGACAUCCCCACGCUUAAGGCGCAUGCAAUGGGGAACUACACGUGCACAGACAAUGUCUUCUGCUCAGAAGACAUGGCGGAGAACUUCAUCACAUGCAGAACGGCCCCUACACUACGUCCCACAAAAACGGACCACAUCCCAAUCCUAUUCUCCUUCCACCUCGACGUCGGAAACAGAACCUUCAUGCCAAGACUGAACUGGAGAGCGACGGAUUGGCAGGAAUUCAGGAAAAUGCUAGAGGCCAAACUCGCACAAUGCCCGCAGCACGCAAUAGCAACAACGGAAGACAUGGAGGACAAAAUACAGAAGGUAGAUGAGGCUGUGGAAUUGGCAAUAAAGGCGCACGUGCCAAUGUCAAAGCCUUGCCCGCACUCAAAACGCUGGUGGAACCCAAGUCUAUCAGAACAGCGCACACAACUUGGCAAGGCACAGAACCGCUCAUACGCCCGCCGUAACAUGCCAGACUACCCAGAUCACGAGCAUGCACAAUGCCUGCAGAACACUUUCUCGAGAGCCAUAGUAAGUGUAAAGAAGACCCAUUGGGACAAAUGGCUUGACGGGCUGACAGAGGCGGACAUAUGGAACAUGCAAAAGCUGUCAGGGGAACCCCCGCUUUGGACCGCUCUGCCUUCGAUCAGGCAUGUGAUCGCGCUCGCGUGA